ACCGAUACUAGAUUCACCCCGCGCCGUUUAGACAAGUUCCCAUGUUUGCGCCAAAUACCCAACCCUUAACUUAAACCUCUGCAUGUAACGCAUCUUUCUUCUUCUUCUUCAAUUAGGGUUUUUUCAAAUCUGAAACACCUACAAUCCCUGUUUUCCAAUUUGCCCCAAGUGCCUUUGUGAAUUGUGAUUAUCACUGAUUUCAUGCUCUGCAUUCGCUUAAUUAUGCGGCAUUCGUUGAUUUUUCGAUAACACUUCAAUUUUCCCUCUUUGAUUUUUCUUUUCUUUUUGGCCAAUUGGCUAUUGGUACUGAUAUUGAUGCAGUUCCGUUCUAGGGUUUCUGUGUUCGUAGAUUGAGGCGUUUUUCGAUUAGUUAGAUUUACAGGGGAUAGGGUUUGUGGUGAGGUGAGGGUAAAGAGUUGAACAUGAAUGGCGUUUUCAGCGAUCAGAUACUUGCGGAUAAGCUUUCCAAGCUUAAUAACACCCAGCAGUGCAUUGAAACUUUAUCACAUUGGUGUAUAUUUCACCGGAGCAAAGCUGAACUGGUUGUUGCAACAUGGAAAAAACAAUUUGACAUAUCGGAGAUGGCUCAAAGAGUACCCCUUUUGUAUCUUGCAAAUGACAUCCUGCAGAACAGCAAGCGUAAAGGAAAUGAGUUUGUGAAUGAGUUCUGGAAGGUUCUUCCUGAAGCACUAAAAGAUGUUAUUGAAAAAAAUGAUGAUCAAGGAAAACGUGUGGUGUCUAGACUGUUUGAAGUAUGGGAGCAAAGAAAGGUGUUCGGAUCUCAGGCAAGGAACCUUAAAGAUCUAAUGCUUGGAGAAAAAGCACCUCCACCAUUGGAAAUCAGCAAAAAGCGAUCACGUUCUGUAAGAAUUGUGAAAAGGGAUUCUCGAUCCAUCAAAUUGAAAUUGUCCAUAGGAGGUACAGAAGAAAAAAUAGUGUCUGCAUUUCAUUUGGUGCUCAGUGAACAAUCCAUUGAAGAUGCAGAAAUGGGUAGAUGCAAGUCAGCUGUUCAACGUGUGAAGAAAAUUGAAAAAGAUGUUGAUAUUGCGUGCUCUAGUGCUAAGGAUCCUAAGCGAAAAACUUUGGCUAGGGAGCUAGAAGAGGAAGAGAAUCUUUUGAAACAAUGCAUAGAAAAACUUAAAUUAGCUGAAGCAAAUAGAGUAGCACUUGUAUCUCAGUUGAAAGUAGCGUUGCUUGAGCAGGAAUCUGAACUGGAGAAUGUUCGUACACAAAUGCAGGUUGCUCAAGCACAAGUAGAAGAGGCCAGCAACAUGCGGGAGCGACUUGAUAAUGAAGGUUCUUCACAGAAAGCUUCCACUGCAGCUCCUAAUGCAAAUGGAAAAUCAGAAGCAGCAACCAAAAAGUCAGCUGCAGCAAUUGCUGCGGAGGUUGCGGAUAAGCUUGCGGCUUCUUCAUCAUCUCAAAUGAUCAUGACUUCUGUUCUCUCAUCAUUUGCAGCAGAAGAGGCAAAAAGUGCUCGUCUAACGUCUGAUUCUAGAUCAACACAUGAGAAAUCAAUGCCUACUCCAGAUCCCCAUUUCUAUAUGUCUGCGCAACAGUUGGCAGCGGCACCAAACCAUUCAUAUCCUUCAGUUUUGGUAACCCAACCAAUCAUGCAAAAUCCAGCCCCUGCGUCCCAAGGUCAAUACCACAUGCUUUGCAAUCCAUCAUCACAGCAAUACAUGCAGUCAACAGGAGGGGGCAUCUCUCCAUAUGGUUAUGGCAGCAUCUCAUCAUUACCACCCCAACCUCAUGUAGUCGGGGCAAUGGCGCCGCCUUUGACACAUCAGACACAGCAAAUAAUACAGCAUCAACCAUUAUCAAUACCACAGCAAGCUCCAGCAGCUCCUAGUUUUCGACCACUUCAGCCACCAGGAAUGGUGUACUAUGCAACUCAUCAGCAUCCUAUAUGAGACCUGCACUAGGUAGAGUGUGUUCAAAGUGACCCUUACUGAAACAAGGGAAUUCUGGAGGUUUGAAAUUUUAUUUUAUGCCAAUGAUAUGCUGUGACCGGAGGUGAAAUUGCCAGAUUUUGCAAUAAUGUUUAAGGAAACUAGCCUGCCGCAGAAUCUAAAAAUGAAGUCUGUCCCUAAGUGAACAGGGAUCUCGAAUGGACAAGGCAUUGAUUUCAAAUGAAUUGGACAAAAACCUAUAGAAUAAAUUAGCAAGAACAAUGUAAACAAAGAUUUUGACUAACCUUUUAAAUUAAUAUCAUAUAUUUGACUUCUCAAA